AUGGAGGUGUUACUUCAGACGUACAAGAGAAUGUCAUGGCUUUCAAGGUGCAAGCUGAUCAACGUCUUCUCAACACCUAUGAUCCAACCAAAUACUGCAAACAUUGCAGCAGACAAGGACACUCUGAUGAUGGCUGUUUUAAAAUAAUUGGAUACCCUGAAUGGUGGGGAGACAGACCAAAGAAUGGAAGAGGAGGUAGAACUGGAGGAAGAGGACGUGGACGUACUGGUGGUGGGAAUGCAAACGGAAGAGGUGGCAGAGGACAAGGUGGUAACACCGUUCAUGCACAUAACUUGCAUAUAUCAGUUGCAAAUCAAACAAGUGGUGCGUCAACAUCUGAUGGAUCAGGAUUGGUAGGAGUUACAGCUGCACAGGUUCAGCAGGUGAUGGAGUAUUUAAACUCACGAAAGACCAGUUCUCAUCUACAAGGACCGGUUGACGAGGAGGAUGAUUGGAGUGGCUGAGAGACAAGGUGG